CAAUUGCGCCGAUCAUUGUAGGACCAAUAGGAAUAAGCCCUGAUGACGUAUUUCAACCUACUGACUUUUAAAUAGAUAACGCGCAAUUUCUCGUAUUAAAUAUACUGUACAACUAGAAAAAAUAUCGUAAUUUUGCGGUACUUGCAUUCGAACUAAAUUUUUCAACGAUUAUUUUUUAACGCUCCUAUUCUUCCCUCAUCGCAAUCAUCUUCUGCGAAAUCAAAAUUCGUAUAUUAGCAGAGACAGAAACAUGAAAAAAUUACUUGAAAGAAGAAAAAUCAUAAGAAUUUGUAUGUUAUUUUUGGAUGAUGGAUAAACUGAAUCCCAAUUAAAAAAUCAAAGUCUAAUUUUCGUAUAUCAUUUUUCAUGCGUACCGAUGUCUGAUAUUUUUCAUCAUUUAAAAUUCGAUGCACAGAGCGCACGUGACUGAGCAACCAGCGCAUGCGUUUUCAUUGGGCCAAUCCAAAGCCAUCAUUUUCAUUUGAUGCAUUGCUUCGAACUUCACCCCAAGGCAGUACAGCGUGCCAACGAUCUUUGAAUGAUAUGUGCUACGUGUGAAUUUUAUAAUUUUCUUAAUAAUCUACGUGUUAUUUGGUGAAAUUGAUAAUGGCAGAUAAAAAAGACGACCCUCGCGAAGUUUUGGCGCUGUUAAAUUCCCUUGGAUUCGUCGGGAUAACCGCACAACAGCUGAAAGGCUUCAUGAAAGAUUUAAAAAUGCAUAGGAAAAUUAAAGAAAGAGAACGACAACAGUGGAAAGAAGAAACGAAGAAAAAAAUUUUACUACGUCAACAGCAACUGUAUAGAGAAGUCUUGCGGGAGCAGAACUUUGAGGGAAUGGGCUCCAACAACAUAACUGAGAGCACCAUUUCCUCAGAGUCUUCAACUUUUCAGGAUGACUCUUCUUAUAAAGUAGUAACAGUCAAAAUCCGAUCUUUUCCUAAAGAGAAUAAAGAGAAUGAAGUAGAAAAUGAAAAUGAAUACGGUAGAAGAAAGAAGACUAGCUUUUCAAACACACACACUUCCUGGGCUGAAGAGUUCCGGCAAAAUAGCUUACAAUAUGACAAUCACAGCAACUCAAGUUUGAUCAACGAAUCGUCACACAGGAGAUAUGAAGUCACUCACAACCACAGCCAAAAUCAUAGUGCUGGUGCAUCAACAGAUAGUACAAAAUACAUAUCUUUGGAGAAGCCGAGAAGCAGGGCUACUAAAUCUGAGCCAAAUUUGAAACAGACAAAUCUCGCACCUCCUAAAUCACCUAUUGGACCCAAACCUACAAGCUCUCGAUAUACUAUCGAAAGUACAGAGACUUUCAAACAUUCACAGCUAGCUUCUGACCAACCGGGUGAUAUCCCAAGUAAUCCACCACCUUCGAGAAGUUCGGUUCAGUCCAGACCCAAGUCAUUCAUUAGGCCUUGGAGGCUCCAACCAGAAGCAAAAAGAUCCCUAACUAAUACAAAAUCAGAUCCAGUUGCUCUGUAUCAAAAGUAUAGAGAUGAGUGGAAGCAGCUUGCUCUACCUGGAGAGGAGAACCAUGCAGGCAUUAGGUGGGCAGUGAGGGAAAAGAUGCUUGGGAAUGACCCAAACCCACGGCCAAUAUUGAAGAAGUCUUCAAGUACUUCGGCAAUAAAAAAAAGGUGAUUUGAAUCAAUGAAUUUUGUAGUAAGCAAUUCCUACUAUACUUACCUCAGUGUUAACGAUUAUCAUUAACACAUAGUUGGAUACAUACACACAGUAAUUCGUUAAAAUAAUACAAUAAUAUUGAAUAUACUAAAUAAUUAUUGGGCACCUUGCCAUUUUACUCAAGUAUCGAAUAUGUGAUACCCUUCAGCAAGAACGAACCCUUCACUAGGGGAAUCUUUGUGUUAUUAUUUUUAAUGAAGGUUUUAAUCGAUUUACAAAUGCUUACAUGCGUUUAAGAAUGUGAUAGUUACCCAACAAAAUAAGAAACAUAUUGAAUAAUGGUAUGAACACGAUUUAAAAAAAACGAAAAAAAUGUACCUAUGUAUUCUGGAUUAUAUCAGUGUAAAUAAGAUAAAAAUGCAAUUAUUUUAAAUAAUGA